AUUUCCCUGCUUGCUUGUGUGACGUCACGAGGUGCAGAUAAAACCAGGAGGUGUUCCGGAGACGCUCAAGUUUCUCUCCAGCAACCCAGGUGUGUCGGGUGGCAGGUUUUCCGUUUUCUGUGCUGAAGGACACAAGAAAAUGAUGCGAGGAACCGUGGUGGUGGCGAUGGUGGCGGUGAUGGUGCUGAUGGUGACGGGGCAGCGCCAGCAGCAAAAAGACUGCCCCGGGAUCUGCACCGAGGAUUACAGACCUGUGUGUGGCAGCGACGGCAAGACCUACGGGAACCUGUGUGCGCUGGAGGCAGAGAAGAGAUGUGUCAACCCGAAGUUAACUUUUGUCAGCGAUGGAGAGUGUCCGAGUAACUGCCCCGGGAUCUGCACCCUGGAGUACGCCCCUGUGUGUGGCAGUGACGGCAAGACCUACGGGAACCUGUGUGCGCUGGAGGCAAAGAAGAGAUGUGUCAACCCGAAGUUAACUUUUGUCAGCGAUGGAGAGUGUCCGAGUAACUGCCCCGGGAUCUGCACCCUGGAGUACGCCCCUGUGUGUGGCAGCGACGGCAAGACCUACGGGAACCUGUGUGCGCUGGAGGCAGAGAAGAGAUGUGUCAACCCGAAGUUAACUUUUGUCAGCAAUGGAGAGUGUCCGAGUAACUGCCCCGGGAUCUGCACCCUGGAGUACGCCCCUGUGUGUGGCAGUGACGGCAAGACCUACGGGAACCGGUGUGCGCUGGAGGCAGAGAAACGAUGCAAUAACCCUCAAUUGACUUUGGUCAGCAAUGGGGAGUGUCCGAAUUAGCAACUGAAGUGCCCAAGAUUCUGCCCUGCUGUGUACGAUCCCGUAUGUGGCAGCGACGGGAAGACCUACAGCAACUAGUUAUACUUAACUAACCGAUAACGUUUAUGUUUAGAACUGUAAUAAUUUAUAAUUGUUUUGUUUUUGUUUUUUUACACUUUUCUUUACAGUGAAUAAUAGUUACAUUUAUACAAUAAAACCAUAUCAAAUGUAUACACUUCAUUUACAUGUCUUUCCAGAAUUGUAAGUGAUUCAGAAAGUAAACAGCUGCUAAAAUGUA